AUGGCUACGCCGAUCGCGCCCUACCUACCAACAGGAAUUCACGUCGUGAUAGUUGGCGCAGGUUUUGGCGGAUUAACAGCGAGUAUCGAGGCCAGACUGAAAGGGCACACAGUGUCAGUGCUAGAGAGAGCCCCCAAGUGGGAGCAGCUCGGAGACAUCAUUAGUAUAAGUCAAAAUGCCGGAAGAGUGCUCUCUCGCUGGGACCCGGCCUGGAUCAGCGACAAGUUGCGCAAAAUCUGCAUGAACCACAAAUCCUUCAUCAUCCACACGCAUAAGGGUGAAUUCGUCUUUGAGCAACCAAUCGUGACCCCAGACCCCGAGCGCCCAACAUACAACGGACACCGGGCGGAAAUCCACAGGGUUCUCUUCGACUACGCUGAGCACCUGGGCGUGCGCUUCCAUAUGGGCAAGCGAGUAACGGCGUACAAGGAGGACCCCAAGUUGGGCAAGGCUUGGGUCGAGUGCGAUGAUGGCGAGACCUUCGUCGGAGACGUGGUCGUCGGUGCGGACGGCGUCAGGAGCAGAGCCAGGAAGUUAGCGCUCGGCUUGGACGACAGGGUCAAGUCCACUGGCUAUGCUGUGUAUCGUGCAUGGUUCAACGCCGAGGAGCAUGGGAUCCUGGACGACUCACUUACGAGGGAAUUCGCGGAGCGGGGGGACACGCACACAGGUUGGCUAGGACCCGAUGUUCAUUUGCUUGUGGCUACGUGUAAAGGAGGGCGAGAGCUGUCGUGGGUUUGCACGCAUAAGGACGGCGGGGACAUUGACGAAUCAUGGUCCUAUCCCGGACGUGUGGAAGAUGUUCUAAAGCUUCUGGAAGGCUGGGACCCAAGAUGCAGGGCAAUCGUCGCCAAAACCCCCUCGUUAGUGGACUGGAAACUUGUCCAUCGGGAGCCCCUUCCCACAUGGAUUAGCCCGGGCGGUCACAUAUGUUUAAUCGGAGAUGCCGCUCACCCAUUUUUACCCACUUCAAUACAAGGCUGUUCCCAGGCGAUUGAGGACGGCGUCGCCCUGGCCACGAUCCUCUCCUUAACCCACACGGAAAAGCAGGUCCCGGACGCGCAGAAGAUCCCCUCAGCCCUCAAGAUAUAUGAGCGACUACGCUACGACCGUGUCAAGUCUGCGCAGAAGAAGGGAGAGGAGGUACGCGACAUGUGGCACAAGGCGGACUGGGAGAAGGUCAGGUUGAACCCGGGCAGUAUCAAGAUGCCGCGCGAGGACUGGCUGCUUAAACACGACUGCGAGACGUUCGUUCGGAGGAUGUAUAGGAGGGCGCUCGCGGAGUUUGACGGCGGGGAUAAGAUUGCGAUUACUAGUCUUGCGGCGAAUCGCGAGAGCGAUGAGUUCCUGAUCGAGAUGCCGCCCACGCCCGUCGCGACUCCCAAAUGCGAGGUUGAGGAUCCGAUGAACGGGUUCCGGUAG